AUGCCGCCUGCCACGGGCAGCCGUGUCCCGGGGGAACACAAAGUCCUGGCCCUGCGGCGCAUCCGCGACCCCGCCACCGCCGAGCCCCUGGACCGCGGCCUCGUUGUCUGGUUCCCAGGUCCCCAGAGCUUCACUGGGGAGGACUGCGCCGAGCUGCACGUGCACGGCGGGCCGGCGGUGGUGAGCGGGGUGCUGCGGGCGCUGGGGCACCUGCCCGGGCUGCGUCCCGCCGAGCCCGGGGAGUUCACGCGCCGAGCCUUCCGCCGCGGGAAGCUGGACCUGACGGCGGCCGAGGGGCUGGGGGACCUGAUCCGGGCGGAGACGGAGGCCCAGCGGCGGCAGGCGCUGCGGCAGAUGGAGGGCGAGCUGGGCCGGCUCUACCAGCGCUGGAGCGAGACCCUCACCCAGGCUCUCGCCCACCUUGAAGCCUAUAUCGACUUCAGUGAGGAUGAUAACGUGGAGGAAGAGGUCUUGUCCCAAGUGGAUGCCACCGUGCGGGCGCUGGAGCGGGAGAUUGGUGCCCACCUGCGGGACGGGCGCCGCGGGGAGCUGCUCCGCGGCGGGGUCCGUGCCGUCAUCGCCGGCCCCCCCAACGUGGGCAAGAGCAGCCUGCUCAACCUGCUGUGCCAGCGUCCGGCAGCCAUCGUGUCACCGGUGGCGGGGACGACGCGGGAUGUGGUGGAGGUGGCUCUGAACGUUGGCGGUUACCCCCUGGUGCUGAGCGACACGGCCGGGCUCCGCGAUGCCACCGACCCCGUCGAGCAGGAGGGGGUCAGCCGCGCGCGGGACCGGCUGCGGCAAGCGGGCCUCGUGCUGGCCGCGCUGGGCGGCCGCCGGCAGGACCUGGGACUGGCGGCCGAGCAGCUGCGUUUGGCACGGCGGCACCUGGGCCGGAUCACCGGCCACGUGGGCGCCGAGGACGUCCUCGACAUCAUCUUCAGGGACUUCUGCGUUGGCAAGUGA